AUGUCUAAAACAGUAUUGAUUACAGGAGCAAACAGUUAUGUUGGUAUUUUUACCAUAAUCAAAUUUGUCAAAGAUGGAUAUAAAGUACGUACCACUAUGAGAGAUUCUUCAAAAUUCGAAGAAACAAGAUCGAUGAUUCGAAAGACCGCCGGCUUCUCGGAAAGUCAAGCUUCCGAGAUCGAAUUCAUGGAAGGAGAUUUGGAUACUGGAGCUGGUUGGGAAGAAGCCAUUGAUGGAGUAGACUAUGUUGUUCAUAUUGCCUAUCCUUUUAUCAAUAACGUUCCAUUGGAACAAAUUUAUAAACCAGCAGUUGAAGGGUCAAUGAACGUAUUGAAAUUAGCUAUCGAGUCACCAACUGUGAAACAUUUCGUUUUUUGUUCAAGUUUUGCUACUGUUGGUUUCAAUGACGAAUGGGAUGAUGGACCAGAACAUGUUAUCACUGAAGAAGAUUGGACUAAGUUGGACAGUCCUAUGAUUGAUGGUUAUAUGCAGAGUAAAGUUAUCUGUGAAAAAAAAAUGUGGGAAUUAGUUAGAAGUGACGAAAAUUUGAAAUCUAAGUAUCCAAUCACUUUCAAUGCCAUUAACCCAUAUGGGAUCGUUGGUCCACUUCCAGUUGGGUUCAGCAGAUUCAAUGGUAUCCAACCAAUCUUAAAAUCAAUCUUCACUGGUGAAGCAGAAAUGAUUUUCAAUGCAUUUGUGAACACCACUGAUGUUAGAGAUCUUGCUGAAAGUUUUGUCAAAGCAAUUGAAGAUCCAAAAACUUACGAUCAAAGAUUUCUUUUACUAAAUCCCGAAGAAAUCAGUGUUCCUCAAAUGAUUGAGAUGUUCAAGAAACAUUUCCCUGCUGAAUUAACUGAUAAAUAUCCUAAAGAAUGCACUCCAGUCUAUUUCAAAUCCAGGAAGGUUAGUGUUGAUAAAGCCGUCAAGCUUUUGGAUUAUAAGCCUGUUUCAAACGAAGAAACUUUGAUUGCGUUAGCUAAAGGAAUUUAUGAUUAUCUUGGUUAUAAAUAUUAA